AUGGUCGGUAUUCUACAAAAGGAAGACACAGACCAACUCCUGAAAUGGAUUGGGGGUCGGAGGAAAUUUAAACUAUUGUAUAAGAUAACUCGGGACGGAUGUUCAGCUCCGACAUUCCAUUCCAAGUGUGACAACCGGGGGAUGACUGUGACCGUCCUAUAUAACAACAAUGACACCGUGUAUGGAGGCUUCACUUCUCAAAACUGGGACGACAGCGGUGAAUACGUGUCUGACCCAAAAGCAUUUCUAUUCCAGCUCAGGUAUAAUGGAAGACGGUCACCUAACCAAUUCUUAAUCAAACCGGAUAAACAUACCAAAGCAAUAUACUGUCACUCAAAAUAUGGACCAACUUUUGGAGGGGGAUAUGAUGUUACCACAUUCAAAAACACCGUGAGUGAAAGCAAUGGUAUAUUUGAAUUAAAUUUGAGUUUCAGUUUGGACUACACGUACGACAUGAAAAACUUCGACUUUAACUCCUUUGCGAACGGAAACUUACAGGUCAGAGACCUUGAAGUUUAUCAGGUUGAUG